UAUAUAAUGGUGUGGUAUUUUAAUUCGAGAUGGCCAAUGUUCCCUUAACGCAUAUAUGAAAAGUCAUCGCUCGACACGAUUUAAACGCGCCGUGAUUAUUUAUUUAAUGAACGUGACUAAGAAUGUAUGUGAAAUUAAAAUGGUUCGUAUACUUUAUUAUAGUAAACUGUUUGCUAAAUGUACAAGGAGAAAGAACAAUAGGAGCAAUAUUUGAUGAUGGAAGCUUUUUAUACGAAGCAGCUUUUAACGUUGCCAUUGAUGCAGUAUCUCAGAAUGACGAGAAUCCAUUUGUGGGGAAUGUGAUAAGAACCUCACCUGGUGAUUUACUUGAAGCUGAAAAUGCCAUGUGCACACUUAUGGAGAGUUCAACAUUUGCAAUAUUUGGGCCUACAACCAGGACUACAGUACAACAUAUUCAGGGCAUUGCAGAUUUUGUUGAAAUUCCACAAAUAAUUGUCGAGCCGAUUGAAACGCAAACCCGAAAUUGGUCUGCAAUAAAUUUAUAUCCUCAUUAUAUAUCUUAUUCAAAGAUUUUUGCUGACAUAAUUAGAAUGAAAGGUUGGACAGAGUUUACAAUAAUAUAUGAAGGUUCCGAACAUUUGGCUGAUUUGGACGGCAUAGUUACAAUGCAAGAUUUAGACUCAGAAGAAGAUAUUUUAAUGACUAUAGUACAACUUCCAGAUGGUGAUGAUUACAGAUCCCAAUUGAAAACAAUUAAAUCUUCUAGUUCAGUUAAUUAUUUAGUAAGUUGUGGAAAAGAUAAAUUACCUCAAUUUUUAGAACAAGCUCAACAAGUCGGGAUAAUGUCUGAUGAGCAUAGCUAUAUUAUUAUGAAUCCUGAUUUUCAAACAAUUAACAUUAAUCCUUAUAAACAUGGUGGUUCUAACAUCACAGGAAUUCGAUUUUUUGAUCCAAAAUUGGAAGACAUUCAAAAUUUUAUAUCUGCUUUAAAUGAAAAGGUAAAAGAGCUUUCAGAAGGAAACAUUGAAAAUGUUAUAAAAGAAAAUGAUCUUGAUUUCAAAUUGGCUUUAAUGUACGAUUCAGUUAUUUUGUAUACGUCGGCUAUCACGGCAAUGGGUCUAGAGGAAGGCGCAAAUUUUACUUGUGACAGCGGCGAGACUUGGUCAUUCGGCUCCACUGUUAUUAAUCACCUUCGAACUGUUGAAACUGAUGGUUUGACAGGAACUAUAAAAUUUGAUGACGAAGGUUUUCGUUCUGAUAUAGAAGUUGAUGUGCUUGAGGUCAUGGCCCAUGGUUUUGAAAAGAUCGGGACUUGGACAACGGAAGACGGUUUUAGUGAAGCUAGAAAAAUAAUUCCAGCAGUAGAACAGGAAGGAAGUGAAUCCAUGAAAGGCAAACAUUUCAUUGUUCUAACUGCGUUGAGUGCACCCUACGGAAUGCUGAGAGAGUCUUCUAAAAAGCUAGAGGGCAACGAACGCUACGAAGGUUUUGGUAUAGAAAUCAUUGAAGAACUAGCAAAGAUGAAUGAGUUUAACUAUACUUUCGAUAUCCAAGCCGACGGCGUUUACGGCUCGUAUGACUCUAAAACUCGCAAAUGGACUGGAAUGAUGGACAAGAUAAUGAACGGUAGGGCCGAUUUUGCGAUUACUGAUUUGACGAUAACGGCAGCGCGACAAAAAGUUGUCGAUUUUACUAGUCCGUUUAUGAAUUUAGGCAUAACUAUCUUAUACAAAAAACCAACAAAGCAACCUCCUGACUUGUUCUCUUUUAUAUCUCCAUUUUCAUACCAGGUUUGGGGCUGGCUGGCGGGGGCGUAUGUGGGCGUAUCGGUACUGCUCUUCAUACUUGGACGGUUUGCACCGGAAGAGUGGCAGAAUCCAUAUCCAUGUAUAGCAGAGCCAGAAACUUUGGAUAAUCAAUUUACAAUAGCAAAUUCAUUUUGGUUUACCCUAGGAAGUGUGCUCACACAAGGAUCGGAAAUUGCACCCAUUGCAGUAUCAACGAGGAUGGCUGGUAGUAUGUGGUGGUUCUUUACUCUCAUUAUGGUAUCGUCAUAUACAGCUAACCUUGCUGCAUUUUUAACUGUUGAGUCAAAAUUUUAUGCCAUUAAAAGUGUGUCCGAUUUGUCGAAUAAUCCAUAUGGCAUAACUUAUGGGGCAAAGAAAGGAGGCGCUACUUUUAGUUUUUUCAAGGAGUCAGAUAAUAUACUUUAUCAAAAAAUGUAUCAGUAUAUGGACGCGCAUCCUGAAUUGAUGACACCAACAAAUGAAAUCGGGCUUGAAAGAGUAAAAUCAGAAGAUGAAAACUACGCGUUUCUAAUGGAGUCGACGUCAAUCGAGUACAUGGUGGAGAGAAAUUGCGACGUUGCUCAAGUGGGGGGGCUUUUAGAUAGCAAAGGAUACGGCAUUGCAAUGAAAAAAAAUUCUCCAUAUAGACAACCUAUGAGUGAAUCAAUAUUGCAGCUACAGGAGCAAGGAAAGAUCAUGAGGAUGAAGGAUAAGUGGUGGAAGGAAAAAAGAGGCGGUGGUGCCUGUGCGGAUGACGACACAAGUAGCGGCGAUGCUCAACCAUUGGUGUUGGCGAAUGUGGGUGGAGUGUUUAUUGUCUUGGCAGCUGGUUCCGGCUUAGCUAUAGUUUGUGCUUUCAUAGAAAUGACUAUCAAUGUAUGGAUGAUCUCUCACAAAGUCAAGGUUUCAUUCAAAGAUGAACUGAUAGCCGAGCUGAAGUUUAUAUUUAGCUUUAGUGGUGAUGUUAAGCCCGUUCGUCAUCGAGAGUCAUCAGGAAGUGGAUCUAAAGGCUCUAAAAAAGAUGACGACAAGGAAGAAGACGACGUAGAAUCUACUAGAGAAGAUGAAAGACUCGAUGCACAAACAUCACAUUCUGAAAGAUCGAGUCACUCUCACCACACAGCUCACAGUAGACGUCAAAGUAAUGCAGUCCAGAUGGCGAAAAUGCGCAAAUACAGCAGACAAUUUUCACAUAUGACAUAAGAAGAAUAAAAAAAAACAAUAAAUAUAUUAUUUACACUUAGUUUUAUACAUGUAAUAAUUUUGAAAGACAAAUAUACUUAGU